AUGAGUUCUCGAGCAUCUCCACAAUCAGCAAGAUCUGAAGAGUACACGAAAGAUGAAAACACUGCUCGCAAUGACAACGAUACGUUUAUUGAAAACGAACAUGUCCUGACCCUUGAAAGUGCCGACGUAAUGAAAAAUCUGGUGAAGACUCCUUCUGUUUCUGGAGUGACAGUUGAGAGUUCAAUCACCAUACCAGUACCUGAUGAGCAGGAUUUUGUCAGACUUUUUCCAUUGGGGAGAAAGAAACAAACAAUCCGGUUGAAGUUGAGAGAGCUGAAUUUGAACAAAAUGCUGAAGUUCGAAGAACAUCAGCUGCUGAAACAGAUAUACAAUCACAUUGUCAGCUUUGGAUUGAGAGAGGAAAGAUCGAAAGAGGUUUAUUUGAAUACAAAGUUAAGGCGAACAGCAUCGCAAACAUUAAAUGCAGCGUCAAGGGCCCUCCUAUGGAUGUUUCGAACAAAGAAUGAAAAAAUACAACAAAUAAACUCAGUUUCUGAUAUCUGCUUGUCAAGUUUAUUGAAGAGUAUAAAUGACUUCUAUUUUAUACAUUUGAAGCUUUACAAGCAUGGCACUAUUGUUCACUUACUAAGGCAUAUAAUUGACUUCGUACUGUUGAUUUCCGAAAUAGAUCCACUUUCCACUAACCUACCACAAUGGCGGGAACAGGAGGCUAUGAUUAUAGGAAGCGGCAUGAUGAGAUAUGGUAGAUGUGUGCCUGAAUAUAAGCAACUUGUCAACUCUUUUGAGCCUUUAAAAAAAUGGUUAACAGAGCAAUUUGAAACAGAUAGGCAGUGUAUAUCAUCGGACCCUGUAUUGUUCAAGCAGAUAGGAGUGGCAAUAAAUUUAUUCAUCGUUCUGGAAAAUGGACAAAGAGCUGAAGACUGA